UGUUAUUUUUUAUUGCCGUUAAAAGUAGGCGACACAAAUCUAUUUCUUUAUUUGUGAUUUAGAACGAUGAUAGUUUUUUUUUUCAAAUCUAGUUUAAUGUUAGUAAUCGAUUAUCUUAUUUCGUUAAAAUCGUAAACAAACUUCUUAUCUAAAUUAUACAUAAAUGGUAUGGUAUACGUGCCAUUUAGAUAACCCUGGCCUUAUCAAAUACGAUAGAGACUUUAAAAAUAUUUUCAGUAAACUGUGAUUAUUUAUAAUUCUGAAGUAAGUCGAGCUACAGACUUAGGUACUAGUGUCCGUACAGCAUAUUAAUUUAAAACUUCUCAAACAAUGGAUAAAUAUUUUAAAGGAAAAAGGAUACUCGUUACUGGAGGAUGUCAAGGUAUUGGACGUGGAAUAGCUUUAGAAUUAUGGAGACAAGGUUCAAAUGUUGUCGUCAUCUCAAAUCAACGCGAUAAUUUAGAAUAUCUAAAAAAAGAAUAUCCUACUAUAGACAUAGUGUGCGUUGACCUAGCAGACUGGGACAAAACCAGAGAAGCUGUAGAUUCUUUAGGUGUCUUCGAAGGACUCGUCAAUAAUGCUGGAGUAGCUAUUACUGCACCAUUUUUUGAAUGCUCUCCAGAAAGUUUCGACAGGACAAUGGCAGUAAAUGUAAAGUCUAUCCUUAAUAUUAGUCAAAUUGUGGCAAAGAAAAUGAUUGAUAACAAAAUAAAAGGAUCUAUUGUAAAUAUUUCAUCACAGGCUUCCAAAAGUGCUCUAAAGGACCACACUGCAUACUGUGCCUCAAAAAGUGCCGUUGACUCUUUAACAAGAGUAAUGGCCUUAGAACUGGGACCACAUGGAAUUCGUAUCAACACUGUUAAUCCAACAGUUAUAAUGACAGAUCUGGGGCGCAAGGUCUGGUUCUCAGAUCCGUCAAAUGCGGAGGCUAUGCUUUCGAAGAUACCUUUGGGAAGAUUUGGAGAGGUACACGAAGUGGUUAAUACAGUUCUGUUUCUCCUGAGUGACGCCGCCAGUAUGAUCACAGGAGUCAAUCUGCCAGUGGACGGAGGAUACCUAGCUACAUAGAAUUUUUAUAUUAAUUUUAUAUUAUAUUAAAUGUGUCUAAAUCAUUACAAGAAAA